AUGAUCCGCGACCAGUGCCAUGCGUACUGCCGGUGUUCCUACUGCGCGCAGCAGCCGCGGGAGAAGUCUUUCAACGCUGGUGCCUCGAUGUGGGCCACCAUGGAGGCGUUGGACCGCCCUGGGAUGCCGAGGGAUGAGCUCUACAUGAAGAGCCUCCACCAAAGCCUUCGUGCCAAGGCGUUCUUGGACAGCUCCAAGAACGCUGGUAAGUUCAUCCCGGAUGAGCAGCUUCUGAGCAGCACGAAGCGCCGUGAGGCGAAGGAGCUGGCGCUGGCUGCGGAGCUGGUGCCAGUGCGUCGCCGUGACCGCCUGCAGGAGCUCGUGUUGCUGGAGCACAAGGAACGGCUGCGCGAGGAGGCGGCCCUACGUGCGGAGCGGCGUGCCCUUGGCCUGCCCGAGGAGGAGGAGGAGCCGGUGUCGGCAGUGCACUCCGACUCAGCGGCAUCGACGCGGCCAUCGUCGAAAGAGACGUUGCAGCAGCGCCUCAGCAGCGGUGCCGCCACGCCGGCCUCCCGCUGCUCUGCUGAGCACGAUCUCCACACCAUGCUCAAGGGCAUCCGGGACAUUGUGGACGAGGACCCCGCCGCUUCCUCAGACCCGCUGAGCCGCGAACAGGUGUACAAGUUACGCCAGCUGAUGCACACGCAGAAAAAGAAGACACGGGAGAUGAUUGAAAACUGUGAGAACCAGCCGCACGUUUGCGGCCACUGCCUGGACGUGAACGUGCAGGCGCGUCACCUCAGCGCCUCGCCGCACGGUUCCGUGGCGUUCGGCUUGACCGGCAAGGUUAUUAACCCCGAGGAGGGCGUCAAGUUCGGUACCGACGAACCGCGCGAGCCCAGCGGGCUUUUCAACGCAUCCACGGUGGAUCCCGCCAUGGUCUCUGGCAAGAAGAGCCGCCUGACCAGCUACAACGCCCACCCGUACGGAACCGGCAUGGUGUUCCUGCCGGUAUCAUCCCUGAAAGGAGGGAGCCAAAGUGCCGUGGGCGGCCAAUCCACCCGCUUUCGCGCCAGCUUCAACAACAAUAUCGGCAGCGGGGAGUCGGUGGAGGAGGAGCUGCAGUUCCCUGGCAGUACCUACAAUGUCUACGAUACCGGUUUCGCGAAGGAGGCAAGACCGCAGGCCGUGGCAAAGGCCGACAAGGCCCAGCACACCGUCAAGAUCGACACGGCCUCCUCCAACGAGAGCUCGCAGUGCGGGGCAAACGAGCCGAAGGCCGCCGCGACUGCCGUGCCUGAGCAGCCGACGUACAACUCCUCGGCUGCAAUGUGGAUGACGACGAACCAGGACCGCGAGCUGGACAUGAGGCGCUUUAUGGAGUUCCAGCAGAAGCUGAAGGCGAACAGCAAGCGCGUGUAUGCGGAGACCGCCAGCCGCUCGGCCAAGGCGCCCUCUGCGUAG